ACAACUCUGGAUUAACCCUCUGCACCAGAAGCCCUUUUAAAUUCUCGACAAUGGUGAAACUAGCAUCAGCAAGAGAGAGCCGGAUGUACGGAACCCGGCUAGCGAGAAACCGGGCGGAGUAUAUAAACGCAGGGUUGUAUUUAUUCGCCACCGUCUUGCUUUUAAGUGGGUUUGCCACCGAAUUCUCGUUUGCACCAAAAUCGGGUCUCGUUCUUUUGCUUAUAGCUUUGACGCUUCUAACCGCCGUUAAUAUUCACGAUCUUCUUGCUCAUCUCGCCGGGAUUGAUUACCAGUUCGGGUUAUUACAGUACGAUACUCAGUUUGCUCUCGUCGAGUUCGCCGUCCCUCUGGUUUAUGCCGCCGGCUCACUGGUUUUCUUCUUAGGAAUUCUUUUUAUUUUUCUUCAGGCAGAGAAGAGGAAAGGAUACUUGAGAUUCCAAGAACAUGCUUUGAACAUGCUUAUUGCGGGUCCUGCUUUAUGGGUACUCGGAUCAAUCCACAACUCGUGUCAAAUCUACGAGCGAGCCGAUGGACAUGUUCAGAUCUUGCAGGAAUCUGUUCUUGUCCCGUUCUUGAUGGGGAGUCUACUGUUCUUGGUGGGCGCUGUGCUCAACACCCAUGAACAGAGUAAAUUAACCCACAUGGGAACAGAGUUACUGGGGACAAACUGGGUGUCAUUAGGGAUUGUUGGAAGCUUGUUGUUGUUCAUUGGUGGGUUAGCGAACCUUGUGAAAGUAUUCAACAUGCAGCAAAUUGCAGGACUGAGGCUGGAGAAAUUAAGAGGAGGAGCUCAGGAGAGAUUGAUUCAAGAAAGGGAAGGUCAGGCUCCAUUGAUUCUUGAGGAACAGGGAAGAAGAAGAAGAAGCAGUAGAGAAGUGGAGGAAAAUAAAGGAACCGUUGGGCCUGCAGCUCCUUAUAAGGAAGCUCUUGUUGGUCCUUCUUGAAAGUUUUUUGCUUGUUUGGUUCUGAUCUUGUUGGUUCUUUUAGAGGUUUUUGAUUUGUGCUUCUGUUUGUUCCCCAAUUCAAAACCUUGGAUUAUAGCUUG